AUGUUUGAUGUUCAGGUGGAUGUUAUUAGAGUUGCUUUAAUUGCUGGGGAGUUCAAAGGAGUAAAGAAUUUGCAUUCUGAAACUGGUUACAUGGGAGGUAACAAUGAAGUUGGCCAAAGUUUAGAGAUUACCAAGGUUUAUACUACCAAUUUGAUUUCUGACCUUAAAAACAUCCACAGCAACAAGAAAGCUUUUAAUGCAAUCAGGCGUCUUACCUUUGCUUUAUUCAUGUUUAACAAGUAA